AAAAAAAAAGUUUUCUUUGAACGUGUGCUAUUCUGUAUCCAUCUAUAUAACAGAGAACACGGCAAUGGCUUUCUAUGAACUUGUAAACCUUACUCUUGAAGACUCCUCUUUUACACAUUUCUCUACGUGAAUAAGAAUCUGAAGAGCCAUUUCUCAAGGAUGGUGAGGCUGAAGCAAGUAUGGUCAAGUCUCCUGGUCUUAGCCGUAGUUGUGCUCGGGGCUGGAUCUGUGCCCAUCACAUAUCUUGAAUCUGCUGUGGCUAAAGGAGCUGUGUGCUUGGACGGUAGUGCGCCAGCGUACCAUUUCGAUAAAGGAUCUGGCUCAGGAGCAAACAACUGGAUCGUUCAUAUGGAGGGAGGAGGAUGGUGCACGGAUAUAGCUACAUGCGUAAAACGUCAAACUACGAUGAAGGGUUCGUCUAAGUUUAUGAACAAAGACUUUGGUUUCUCUGGUAUCUUGGGGGGCAAGCAAAGCACCAAUCCAGACUUCUAUAACUGGAAUAGAAUCAAAGUUCGAUAUUGUGAUGGUUCAUCUUUCACCGGUGAUAUAGAAGCCGUUGAUCCGACAAACAAGCUCUUCUUCCGCGGUGCUAGGGUUUGGCGUGCGGUGAUCGAUGAUCUUAUGGCCAAGGGAAUGAGCAACGCUCAAAACGCGAUACUCUCUGGUUGUUCAGCCGGAGCAUUGGCUUCUAUUCUACAUUGCGACCAGUUCAAGUCCAUUCUCCCUAAAACAGCUAAGGUCAAGUGUGUUUCCGACGCCGGUUUCUUCAUCCACGGUAAGGAUAUCAGUGGAGGAUCUUACAUAGAAUCAUACUACAGCAAAGUUGUAGCGACCCACGGAUCUGCAAAGAGUCUUCCUGCUUCAUGUACCUCAAGUAUGAAGCCAGAACUGUGUUUCUUCCCGCAAUACGUUGUAAAGACCAUGCAAACACCACUUUUCGUAAUCAAUGCCGCCUUCGAUUCUUGGCAGAUCAAGAAUGUUUUGGCUCCAACCUCUGUUGAUAAACGCAAAGAGUGGAAGGAUUGUACGCUUGAUCUUAAGAAGUGUACAGCCGCUCAGCUUCAAACCGUUCAAGGGUAUAGAGACCAAAUGUUGGCUGCGUUAGCACCUGUUCGAGCAACGACGACUAGCGGAUUAUUCCUAGAUUCAUGCCACGCUCAUUGCCAAGGUGGAAGUGCAGCCACUUGGUCCGGUGCUCAAGGCCCACAAGUCGGCAAUACGAAAAUGGCAAAAGCAGUUGGAGACUGGUUUUAUGAGCGGAGUACGUUUCAGAACAUAGAUUGCCCAUCCUUGAAUUGCAACCCUACUUGUCCUGCAGUAUCUACUGAAGACUAAAAUGUAUUGAUGUUUUAAAAUUCCAAAAAAAAAUUAUUUCUUUGAAUAUGUUGUUUAAAUUUUUAAUAUGAUGCAUAACUGAUGCAAUUAUUUUAAAAACAUGAAUAAUAAAUAAUCAUUUCCACUU